CGUAAUCGUUCUAGCUACAGCGCUUGUUGUUCGUAGUGAACGCUUUAGGCACUAAGCCUUGCCAUGGCAUUUGUGCCGUUCUUGUAUUAAGCGCUGCGUUUUUAUUGACUCUAAAACAUUAAAUAAUAAUAAAACUAGUGUUUAAUAGUAAUCAGUGAAGAUGGCCACAUCGAAAACCACAAACACUUAUAAUCGUCAAAACUGGGAAGAUUCCGACUUUCCUAUUCUUUGCCAAACAUGUUUGGGCGACAAUCCCUACAUCCGUAUGACCAAAGAAAAGUUCGGCAAAGAAUGCAAGAUUUGCGCGCGACCUUUCACUGUCUUCCGCUGGUGUCCAGGCGCGCGAAUGCGUUUUAAGAAAACUGAGGUAUGUCAAACCUGCAGCAAAUUGAAGAAUGUUUGUCAAACAUGUCUGCUCGAUCUUGAGUAUGGUUUACCCAUACAAGUGCGUGAUGCAGCACUCAAAAUGAAAGACGACGUUCCAAAAAGUGAUGUUAACAAAGAAUAUUACAUCCAAAACAUGGAGAAUGAAUUGGAAAAGGGAGAUGCUGGCAUGCUUUCAGGUAGUAAAAUUAAUGAACCCAAUGAGGUUCUCAUGCGAUUAGCGCGCACGGCGCCAUAUUACAAGCGGAACAGGCCGCAUGUGUGUUCGUUCUGGGUAAAGGGUGAGUGUCGGCGUGGAGAAGAAUGUCCAUACAGACAUGAAAAACCAACUGAUCCUGAUGAUCCACUGGCUGAUCAAAAUAUUAGAGAUAGGUACUAUGGUGUGAAUGAUCCAGUGGCAGAUAAACUUCUGAAACGAGCGGCGGCCAUGCCUGCACUACCGCCGCCAGAUGAUAGGUCAAUUACAACUUUGUAUAUUGGUAAUAUUGGUAAUCUCACUGAACAGGAUCUCAGGGAUCACUUCUAUCAAUAUGGCGAGAUACGUUCACUCAGCGUAGUAGCAAAGCAACAAUGCGCAUUUGUCCAGUUCACCACUCGCCCUGCAGCAGAAAACGCCGCUGAGAAAACGUUCAACAAGUUAAUUCUAGGCGGUCGUCGUCUAACGAUCAAAUGGGGUCGAUCUCAAGGUCGUUCUGGUGCACCAGUCGCGGUUCAGAACUUGGAAAUGUUUGAUCCGGUGCCUGGUUUGCCUGGGGCGUUGCCAGAGUUGAGUAAUAAUUUCUUCAACCUGGAACCCGGGCAUAUUCCGUUGCCCAACAUGCCACCGCCGCCUUCUUUGCUUGUUCCGCCAAUGUAUCCGCCGCCACCACUGCCGCAGUUCUACUUUAACCCACCGAGACUGCCAACGUUCCCGCCGCCGGAUAUUAAUACAGUUCGGCCAUCGACUAGUACUGCAACUAGUGCGGAUGCACCAGGUCCAGGAGGUAACAAAAUCGUGCAUUACCCUAGUCAGGAUCCGGCACGGUUAGGCGCGACGCAACUGCACGCAGAUUGUCAGGAGUAAGCCUUUCACAGAAAUAGUAUGUAGGAAGUGCAAGUAAUAAUUUUUGAAACUUUCCAGCGCAUUCUUAUAAAAUAAUUAAGUUAAUUGAUUUAUGUUUAUGUAAAUGACGAGUGAACAAAAGGUAAUCACUCAAGAUA